UCCCACUUUUAUUCGAUGCUCAUUCAAUGCAACACUUUUUUAGUGCAAAAUGCCGGCAUGCUCAUCGCUAGCGUUGGAAAUAUAUCGAUAAUAUUUUUUAAUUUUUGAAACAAUCUCUAAAAUAGACUUCUUUAAAAUGUUGUAUGUACAAAAAAAAAUAUUUUUCUGUUGGGAUAGAAGUUGAAGGUUUUACAGUUAAUAUACCAUAUCUCGAUAUGCGAAUAUAUCGCCUAAACUCGACUAAACUCAUUUAGAUUUUUUUAUGAAGACAUUAAUAUUAAAAACAAAAACGUCAAAUCCCUGCGGAAUAAAUAUAAUAUAACAACGAUGACGCAUGUUUCCAGCAAGAGUCCUCAAGACGUAUUGAGCUUUAAUAUUCAGAUGAUUUCUGGCAAGAAUGUGGUACUAGUUAGUUGCGAGGACUACGAGAUGGAGCUGUUUAUGCCGCAGAUUGUCCGAGGGCGAAUCAGUUUUCAGAAUAUCAUUCCAAAUAGACAAUGCUGCGUCGAAUCUAAAAAACCUAGACCGUUCCCGUUCAAAGGUGCUUUUAUUGAGUCGGGCGGAAAGACGGCAGGUAGUCCAGGCAUUCAACAACUGACGUGCACUCCAAUAGCCCAAAGCACACCUAGUGGGUUCUCAAUGCAAAGCCAAACAAAAGGAGGCAAAGAAAAUAUAUCACCUCCGCCUGCUGAGAUAAUGACACCUGAUCUAUUACGCUGCAAGCCAGCCGAAUCCGAUUUUUCUAUUCCAGAAGAUCUGAAUAUAUUCCAACACAAUCCAGAAGAAAUAUUUUCCAGCUGUGAUGUAGAGUUGCCUCAUAAAUUUUCCUAUAGGCAAAAAGAUUUGGAUCCAGGGUCAAUAAUGUCUACACCGGCUAGAUCAUCGUACAGUGUCGCUAUUGAGCCAAGAAUUAGUAGCGUUUUGCGCCACGUGCGCACAUAUUCUCGUCGUAAAUCAAAUACGAUGAGCAAGUCAACCAUCAUUUGUUCGCCACUCCAAAAGAAAAAAAUUAUCUCGUCAAAGGUCUCCACAACAAAUGGACCCCAAGCGCCCAUGAAGCUGGAGAUUCGGCAUCGCAAAUUAAUCGUGGACAACCCAAAAUCCUUGGACACACUCAGUAUUAAUAAACUGUCCUCGUUCAUAACCAAAAAGAGAAUUAUGCACAAUCAAGUAACGGCCAAGACCAGGAAACAAUUUGAAGCACUUAAAACGACUGCUUUUGAUUUGAUUACCAUGCCCAGUCAUAAACAUGUAUCCAGAGCACUGAAUGAUCAGUUCCAAUUGGCGUGCGUUGACAAGAUAGCAACUACGUUGCGCAAUUAUGCGCAACUAGCUUCGACCAAACCGCUAGAUAUCGAUCGCGAAGUAAAGACAAUGAUAUCCAAGCACAAGCGGCUGAAAAAAACUUACUCGAAGCCCACAAGGGUGUAUAUUGAAUAAUUGGGUUCUUAAUUAGUUUUUUGCUUGCUCUAUGAUUAAUGUAGAAAUAAAUAAGGUGGUUGUUGGUGGUUGCUCUAUGUAAACCAAGAACAAACAUUCUUUCGCCACUGUAUGUGUAAGUCUAAUUACAAACUUAUCUUAAAAAUAAAAAACGAAUUGAUACGAUACAAAAUA